AUGUGGAUAGAAGUUGGCUCUACAAACAAUGAUCCGUUUGUGAUAGCUCAGUACUACUUAGACUGUGUGAGACAAGUAGGAGGGAUUCCGAAAAUAAUAAGAGCGGAUUGUGGAACAGAAAAUGUUAACGUGCCUGUUUUACAACGAUUUUUUCACAAUCAGGAUCAAAGCUUUUUAUAUGGAAAAUCGUCAUCUAAUCAACGCAUCGAGGCCUGGUGGGGUAUUCUUAAGCGGGGAGGUAUGGCUUGGUGGAUUAAUUUUUUUAAAGAUUUAAGAGACUCCAGGCUUUAUAUAGAAGACAAUGUCAUAGAGGCCGAAUGUCUCAAGUUUUGCUUCAUGCCAGUUAUACGGGAAGAGCUUCACAAGUUUGCCAUCCAGUGGAAUUUGCACAAGAUAAGACCGUCAAGGAAUGCAGAAUCUCCAAGCGGGCGGCCUGAUUUACUUUACCAUGUUCCUGACCUGACUGGUGCAAGAGAUUUAAUGAUGCAAGUUUCACAUGAAGAUGUGGACAUGGCAGAGCAACUCUGUGGCGUCAGAUCUCCAGAACACGGUUGUUCAGAGGAGUUUGUGGAAUUGGCAUCCCUAAUAAUGCAGGAAAGAGGUCAUACAAUGCCUACAUCGCCAGAUAAUGCUUUGGUUCUAUUCUGUUCCUUAAUAGAUGACAUAGCGGAUAUCUAA